UGGAGAGUUUGUUGCCGAACAAGCAGACCGCAGAGCUUUUUAAUAGCAUUACGUGUAUUAAGUUACGUGACUUUUACCGGACAACGGUAUUCUCCCCGAUGAUGAGCACAGGCGCUAUGUUCUCCGGAGACCAGUCCUCCACCGGUGACUCUGGGAAGGUCCCCGUGGAGCACCUGGACUAUGGGUACAUAGCACAAUGCAGAGAUGUUAAAUACCUGGAGAGCAUCUGGAGAGUACUGAGUUCCGGCGACGAGGGCAUUUACCCUCAUUUGAUUGAGUUCUGUGAGAGUCACUUGGAGAAACUGGACCCGAGGAGCCGAGCGCUCAGGAAGCACCGCCCUGUGGCCACAGCAGCCAGCCUCUCUAAUGAGGAGUGGAGCCAAAUCACAGAUGAGCUGAAGACAUGGCAAGAAGAAAGCAAAAUGACGCAGACUUUACUAAAACAGCAGUCGGUGUUUGAUGAUUUAGAGAAUAUAAACAUGCCACCUAUAAGAGGUUCCAAUUGCUCCAUUCCACUGAGUCAGACUUCCGUUCCAAAAGAAAAGCGGAAUUCUUCAAAACGCACUCUCCCACGAGAUUACGGAGAAUGGGAUAAGUUUGAUGUCGAAAAAGAAUGUGAAAGAAUCGACGGGAAUUUGGUCAAACGCGAUCCAGCUGUCGCCAUGAACACAGGACGGCCCAAAAUAAAGACUACGGUGGAUGCAGCAUUGCUGACUGAACAGGAGAAGCUCCCGCUGGCAAAUCGCGAAAAGAACAAAGGCAAUGAAGCUUUCAGAGCAAACGAUUACGAGGAGGCUGUUGCAUACUAUUCCAGGAGCCUUUCCAUUAAACCAACCGUGGCUGCGUACAAUAACAGAGCUCAGGCAGAGAUCAAGCUCAAGCACUGGCACAAGGCCAUGAGCGACUGUCGGAGGGUCCUCGAGCUGGAACCAGGCAAUAUGAAAGCCCUGCAACGUCGUGCCACUGUUUACAACCACAUGGGCAACUUCCGAAUGGCUGCUGAGGACCUGAGGAUGGUGCUUCGGGAAGAGCCGCAGAAUGCUGCAGCCACUCAACUUUUGUCUGAAACUGAGAAGAAGAUGAAGGAAUGUCAGCCAGAGCAGCAACGCAAAGGCAAGAAGAUCCUAAUUCGGGAGGUAGAAGAGGAAGAUAACUGCAAUAACGGUGAGACAAAAGCAGAACAGAUAGCUCAUCCGGUUGAACCCAGCCAGGCUGUGGGAGGGGAGGAGAGCUCAGCUGCUCCUGCCGAAAGGGGAGACAUGGGUAACGCUCAAAAGAAGCCCCACGGCAGAGGGGACGGGGGUCCUCACAGCGAGUCCAACAGCUCCCACCACGGACCCUGGAGGGGCAAAGGAGCCGCCGCCGACAAGUACAAAGUCGCGCACGACUCGAGGGAGAAGGUAGCCAACGGAACGAGCAAGAGGGGCUCGACAGCUUCAGUCCCGGCUGAUCAGAGCAGCGGCGGUAAAGAAGCUCCGGUGGGAGGAAAUGCGGAGGAAUCUGUCAACCUCGAUGCCCCGUGCGGAGCCCUGCCCCCGCCCGUGGCCCGGCUAAAGAAUGAAGGGAACCUGCUGUUUAAGAACGGACAGUUUGCGGAUGCGCUGGAGAAAUACUCACUAGCCAUUCAAGGCUAUACAGAUUCAGGGAUUGACAGUCCGGAGGAUUUAUGUACUCUGUACUCGAACAGAGCAGCUUGCUACCUUAAAGAUGGCAACAGUCAAGAGUGCAUACAGGACUGCACGAGAGCCCUGGAGCUGCAGUCAUUCUCCCUCAAGCCCCUCCUGCGCCGGGCCAUGGCUUACGAUUCCCUGGAGCGCUACCGGAAGGCCUACGUGGAUUACAAGACCGUCCUGCAGAUAGACGCCGGCGUGCAGGCGGCGCACGACGGCGUCAACAGGAUCACCCGGCUGCUGAUUGACCAGGACGGCGCGGAGUGGAGGGAGAAGCUUCCGGACAUUCCCCUGGUUCCCCUGUCGGCUCAGCAGCACCGCAGAGAGGAGCCGCCGAGCGCGGAGGUCCUCCAGGCUCGAGCAGAGAGGAAAGCAGAAGUCUGUUUCACGGCGUUGAAGCAAGAGGGGAAUGACUUUGUGAAGAAGGGCCAAUACCAGGACGCACUGGGAAAGUACAGCGAAGGCCUUAAACUAAAGCCAGAGGAGUGUGCUAUCUACACCAACAGAGCCCUGUGUUACUUGAAGCUGGAGAGGUUUGCUGAGGCAAAGCAGGACUGUGACGCAGCGCUGAGGGUGGAGCCAACCAAUAAGAAGGCCUUCUACAGACGAGCCCUGGCUAACAAAGGCCUCAAGGACUACCUGGCGUGCAGCUCCGACCUGCAGGAGGUGCUGCAGCAGGAUCCCAACGUACAGGAGGCCGAGAAGGAGCUGGAGGAGGUCACAGUGCUGCUCAGACAGAGUUUGGCCAACGCGUCACCGGCCAAAGCCAGAAAGACCGUCCCCAUCACAGAGGUCGAGGGCGACGAGGAAACGGCGAGCGCUUCUGACUCGGGGGGCGGUACCAAAGGAGAGGGCACCGCGAUCAAUCUCCAGCCAGCCAACGCCUACGAGUUCGGCCAGGCUCUGAACACAGCUCGCAGUGUUGGAGACGCGGCGGCCUGCGCUGACCUGCUGGCCUCCACGACCCCGGAGGCGCUCCCUCAGCUGCUGAGCACCCAGCUGGAUGGAAACACCAUCAGCUUCAUCAUGCAGGCGCUGGACUCCCACCUCCUGGAGAGAGACCCCAACCUAGUCUACCAACACCUCAACCAUCUGCACACCGCCAACAGGUUCUCGGUUGUGUUGAUGCUGCUGGAGAAGGACGAGCGCCGCCACAUGACCCAGCUGUUCGAGCAUCUGUCUGCCGUGCAGAGCCCCGAGUUCACUAAGAACGAUGUUCAGAAUCUGGCCAACAAAUACAUCUGACCCGCCCAGCCCUUUUGCUCCCCCGCUGCAUGCGCCAAUACAACUCCUGGAUUCUAUGCAAAAAAAAGAAAGAAAAAGAACACUGCACAAGAACUGAGUACACAAGAGGCAGGGAGCUGCAGAAUGUGCCCCAAAGCAAUACAGCAGAACUGAGUCCCAUCCCCUCGGCUGGUCUGCUGUAAAUGAAUCUGAUCACUGUACGUUUUGAGUGACAGGAUAAGGAAUAUAUUUUUUUCUCUCCAGAAGGUUUUGCUAUGCAGAUUUACUUUUGUACCACCACUAAUCAUUUGCAUCGUACGACAGGCGGGCACGCGGGAUACUAUGGACCGUAUCGAUCAAUGUGCUACGUUACGUAAGGCUACAGGCGACCGUUUCCCCCCCAGGGAGGUUUGCUCAGGACCGGCUCGCGAACCCACAACUGAGCUUCGUGGUUCCCGUCAGAAUUUGAUAAACAAACUUGUAAAUGUGGGUCAAACGCGUAAAGAUAAAGAACCCGUUUUAGUACGAGCACAUGUUCCCUGUGGGAGAAACGGGCCUGCGUGACAUCAGCGUCUGUUGGGCCGAGAUCUACUCUUGACAAUGUGUAACCUUACAUGACUCCAAUACUCUCUUCUGUUUAUUCAGCUAUGCAGUUUGCUGAUCUGGGUUUUAAUGUCAAGUCACUCAAGGCUGCUGUGUUUUCUCUUUUCUCUUCUCAUAAAGGAAUGACAGAGCACAUCUGCACAUCCAUGUACACACUGGAGAGAAGCAGCAUCUUCCCCAGAUGUGUGCCUUUAGAUUUCAGACUAGGGGUCGGACUUCUUUUGGUUGGGUAUUUAUUUCUAAUUUGAGUGAGCAGACACUCCUUAAGAGGGUGUGUAUUUAUGUCACUCUGUAGCUUUUAUCAUACGUUUAAUCAUUUGGAUUUGUGCAUAAUAAAUACAUGUAUUCAUCUAGCUACAUGUGUAAUUGUUUAAAAUAUGAAAUUGAUUUGCUAAUUUAUGGCAUUCUAUCGAUGUAAAGAGACAGUUCACCCCAAAAUCAACAAUCCAUAUUUGUCUUCUCAUCUGGAGCUAUUCAUCCGUCUGUUUGCCUGCAGCAGGAUGCGACCGGCAAAACCAAUAAAGAAAAACUAAGCAUGAGUUAGAGAUAAUCUGGACCGUGUGAGACGAUUUUGGGUGAACUGUCCCUUUUAAGUAUUUCAUUAUUGUACAUUCCAGUUAUCCAAAAAUCACCCGACUGAAUCCAAACCAGUCUGUUUUCAAAUGUUUUUAUCAAUUCUACAUGAAUGUACCAAAUUAAGUUCAGGGUGAGAAGUUGGGGGGGGGGGCAAUAAUGUCCCAUGUUUCUCUAUAUUUCAGUAGAGAUGUAAACAGUAUUCAGAGGGCUAUUCAAUAAACAUGGAAACAUGUGUUCUUCUGUGCUGCGAUGAAAUAGUUCAAUAAAAAUACAAACGGAA